GGGAAUUCUAGGAAUUGGAGAUGUCCUAUCUUAAAGGGGCCAAGGACAGGAAAGGAAAUAUUAGAGUCGACAGCUCCACUUUUCAUGCAUUGGACAUUCAUGGCUUUGCUCCAACAGUAGCUGCCUGUUUGCAGACCGGAAAGAAAUCAGCAUUCGUUCCUUGGUUAAUCAGCAGGGUGGCUUCAGCUCCCGAAUCAUGGCUAAGAGUCUUUUGAAGUUGUUUUUCACAUUCUGGUCUCUGAAGGUUUGCUGGCCCUCCGAAACACACAAGACGUUUCUGAAUAGUUUGGAAGCCAGGGACGUUUACUUUUAUUUCGGGACCAAUUCAAGCCUUGAAGUGCCAGAAUUUGAGGUUGUGCCUCUGACUUGCUCCUGCGAAGACAGACAGACAUCUUGUGGAGUUCAGCUUUGUUCCUUCCGAGCUUCCGGAGACCUCUUGGCCGUCGAGUUCCCUCAAGAUCGCGCUCUUUCCCCCCCGUUUCUCGUGAGCGCCCGAAGAUUAAACUCUUCUGCUAGUUUGCUACGGCGUUUAAGGCAUCACUGCUUUGCUGGAGGGAAACCUCUCAAGCCAUUGGGGGCAACAUGCCGGGUCACUUACUGUGAAGGGCAAAUGCAAGGUUUUAUCCGUGUUCAUGGCAAGAAGGUUUACAUCAGAGCAGUGAGGAAGCAACACCAACACCACUUGGUGGACCCCCAUCUCCUCAGGCCCCACAUUGUCUUCAGCAGUCUGCAAAACGAUUCCGCAUCAGCACAGACAAGUGGAAAGGUUUUGUCCCGGAUUCGCAGAGUGGUCGAGGAGAAGGUGAAACAUCUGGAGCUCUUGGUGGUGGUAGGGCCAGAUGUUCACCAGUUCCACAAAGAAGACACUGAGAGGUACAUCCUCACCAACCUCAACAUUGGAGCAGAGCUUCUUCGUGAUCCCUCGCUGGGUAUUCAGUUCAGAGUUCAUCUGAUCAAAAUGAUUGUCCUCACAGAGCCUGAGGAAGGCAUUCAGAUCACUACCAACAUCACCAGCUCGGUCCUGAGCGUCUGCAAAUGGAGCCUAAAGAUCAACCCAGAGAAUGACCUGGACCCUCGUCAUGCAGAUCUUGUUCUUUAUGUCACCAAAUUUGAUCUAGAGCUCCCCGAUGGAAAUAAGCAAGUACGUGGCGUCACUUCAAAGGGUGGAGCCUGUUCAAGGUCUUGGAGCUGCAUCAUCACCGAGGACACGGGCUUCGGCUUGGGCAUCACCGUUGCUCAUGAGAUCGCCCACAGCUUUGGGAUUGACCACGACGGGGAAGGGAACCGCUGCGUGGGAGACCGACACAUUAUGGGCUCCGAAGGGGGGCACAACAGCCUGGAUCUGACCUGGUCGGUCUGCAGCCGAGAGCAGCUCCAGGCAUUCGUCAGUACAGGCCAAGCAAGCUGCACAGAUGACUUGCCUGUGCUAAAGACCAGUCUGCCGGAAGCAAAGCCUGGCCUAUAUUUUGGGGUGGAGGAGCAGUGCAAAAUUGCCUUCGGUUCAGGGGCUUCGGCCUGCACUUUCAGCUAUGAUGUGGACAUGUGCCGAGUUCUCUCCUGCCACACCAAUUCGGCCGAUCAAUCCACCUGCUCUCGGCUCCAUGUCCCGCUUCUGGAUGGAACUGAAUGUGGGAUCAACAAGUGGUGUGCCAAAGGACGCUGCAGUUCCCUAGAAGAUCUGUCUCCGGUUAGCAUGGUGCAUGGACAGUGGUCCAGCUGGACCUCUUUCUCCGCCUGUUCCCGGAGCUGUGGAGGGGGCAUUGCAACGAGACAGCGACAAUGCAACAACCCCAGACCUGCUUUUGGUGGGCAAGCAUGCCAAGGGGAAGCCUUGCAAGCCGAGAUGUGUAACUUGCAGCCCUGCCUGAAGACCCAGAUGGACUUCAUGGAUGAGCAGUGUUCAGCAACCAACGUGAAGCCCCUCUACCUCCAUCGGCAGUUGCCUUCCUUCUACAAGUGGGUUUCAGCAGCCAGCUAUGCAAAAGGAGAUGCUCUGUGCCAAUACAUGUGCCAGGCAGCUGGGAAGAACUUCAUGGUGAGCCGUGGGGACCGAUUCAUUGAUGGGACAAGAUGCAAGAAAAGCAGCCUAGCGGACAAGGAUACGCUUGCUUUGUGUGUGAUGGGCAGCUGCAGGAUGUUUGGAUGUGAUGGCCGGAUGGAUUCCGGAAAGAAGAUGGAUCCGUGUCAAGUAUGUGGGGGAGAUGCCACAUCGUGUAUUAAUGUGAAGGGCUUUUUCACCGAGGGAAAAGCGAGAGAGUACACCACCUUCCUGAUGCUGUCUCCAAACAUCACCUCAAUCCAUGUGGUUAACCGGAAGCCCCUCUUCACCCACAUGGCUGUGAAAAUUCAAGGGCGAUACACAGUUGCUGGGAAAGGAUUCAUUUCUGUAAACGUCACGUACCCUUCGAUCUUAGAAGACAACCGGCUGGAAUACAAAGUCUUUCUUACAGAGGAUAAUCUGCCUAGCCUGGAGGAGAUUCACAUGGCUGGACCACUCCAGGAAGAUGUAGAGAUACAGGUUUAUAGGAAAUACGGGAAGGAAUAUGGAAGCGCCACCAGCCCCGAUAUCGCCUUCAGCUACUUUAGACCGAGCAAGAAAGAGACCCACACAUGGAUGGCCCACUUCAGCCCCUGCUCCGUGACCUGUGGGAAUGGUACCCUGCAAGUCCGUUACUCCUGCUUUGAUCAGUCAACAGGUGAGAAGGUGGAUGACUUCUAUUGCCUUAAGAGGCCAAAGCCUCCUUCAAGGCAGGAAAGAUGCCUUGUGGAACUCUGCCAACCACAUUGGAAGAAAUCACAGCUGGGCAGAUGUUCUGCCCUUUGUGGCUUGGGAGUGGCCAUCUGGAACAUGACCUGUGUCCAGGUUGUUGAUGGGCUGGAAUCCACCGUGGACGAGAGGCUGUGCGCAGCGGAUGAGAAGCCCCCGGCCUUCCAGACGUGCUCCGUGAACGUCUGCCCGCUGGGAUGGAACACGGGAUUGAAGUCCGAUGCUCUGGAAGACCAAGAACGGAUUGGAAAUCAGUCUGUAUAUGUCUGGAGUCCUUUGGCUGGGAAGUGUCCAGUCUCCUGUGGGGGAGGACGGAGGUGGCUGAGUUACGUCUGCUUGGUCUUCGACACGAAAGAGGAAACCGAGGAGAACCGCUGUAACCAGACCCAGAAACCAGCAAGCCGUCUAGAAAUCUGCAACCCGGAGCCAUGUCCCCCAAGGUGGUUUUACAAGCAAGGUUCGUGUAGCGUUACCUGCGGCGAAGGCGUUAUGCGCAAGGCCUUGUACUGCGCGAGAGAGAUCAGGGAGGAAGAGGAAGAUAUAUUGCCCGACGCGGCCUGUGAGGACUCCCCGCGCCCCAAAGAACUGGAGGCAUGCCACCUGCAGCCUUGCCCCCCCAGCUGGAGAGUGACUGAACGUGGACCCUGCUCCUCUUCAUGUGGGCUUGGAGUGGCCACCCAAUCCGUGGCUUGCGUGUGGCUUUCCGGAGGCCGAGACGUGGACGUGCCCGAGGGCCAGUGUCCAGAAGCGGAAAAGCCCCCCUCUGUCGUGCCUUGCCUUCUCCGCGUCUGUCCGUACGAAUGGGGCUUCACCAAAUGGACGGAGUGCUCUGUCUCGUGCGGAACCGGCAUCCAGAAGCGACAGGAUUUCUGCAUCAACCCCCAAACCAAGACACGGGUGAAUCCUCUCCUGUGCAUGCAUGUUCCUAAGCCCAUGAUGGUGAGAACAUGCUCCGUCACGUCCUGCUUCCAAGUGACCACGGUGAAGGCAGACCUUCGGCCUGAUGUCCCCACGGCCACCCAGCCUCCAGGGGCAGAGCUCCUGACCACCCCCGAGGUUCCUCUUCCUCUCAAAGGACCGCAGGACCAGAACCUGGGUCUCCCAUGGUCCAAAGGAGAAGAUCCUCAGAAGAAAGAAGCCAAGGCUAAACCCUGGGAAGAUAUCUCAGACGAACCCAGUAUCUGUGGAAGGCAAUGGCUGAGCCCCAGUGGAUUAAUCAACAUGACGGGGGUGCAAGCCAGCAUCUGCACGGUCGCGAUAGGCCGGCCUUUAGGGGAGACGAUCACCAUCCAGGUGUUGCAGAGUUCCUUGAACUGCAGCGCAGGAGAAAUAUUACUGUUUUCAACCCGGACCAUGUGGCGGAUGGCUUGUAAGAAGCUGAAGCUGUUGAUGGUCAACACCCAAACCAACACACUGAUAGUGAGGCAACGUCGGCUGUUGUCGGGCAGUGGCGUUGUGCUGCGCUACACCAGCAGAUUGGCGGAGAAGAAACACCACCAAGCCUGCGAUAGGCAGCUGUUUGGUCCCCGAGGGCUCAUCCUGAAUCCAGGACCGUCACUGGAUGGGGAACGACAAAUGGCCUGCAGGAUAUUUAUCGACGUGGCGCCCCACCUGCGCAUUGCCAUCCAUGCGGUGUAUGUGGAAUUCCAAACCACAGCCAACGAAACACACUCCAGCUAUAUCUCGAUUCGAGAUGUCGAAUCCUUGAGGACUACUGUCUUCCAUGGGAACCGUCUUUUCUACUGGGAAUCCAUCGGCAGCCGAGCUGAAAUCGAAUUCAGCCAAGCCCUGGCCAAUGUCAGCUUCCGAGCAGAGUACUGGACCAACAAAUAGUCCUUUUUGGGAAGGGCUGAUGUGGAAAAACGUCACCAAGGAGGAAAUAACAGAACUGUCGGAAGGGACCUUGGAGGUCUUCUAGUCCAACCCCCUGCUCAAGUCGGGCAGGAAAGCAUCACGUUCCACCUUUCAUUGGCCCCGAAGGUGCCUCCCCAUUAUACAUGUUUUGUUUUUGCAAAAAGCAAUUGUCUUCUCUGGGUGUUUCUAUCAACCUACACAAAGCUGGACUGGGUCCUACCUGCAGGGUUGUCGUACAGGGACUCAGCACUUGAGCAUAAAAUUAAUCCCCGUGGAGUAGCCGCUCGGUGCCUCUGAAAAACUUGUGCUUUUUCCGGUCUCUGGAUGUGCCUGACUAUCUACCCCCUCAACAUAGUGGCCGGAAUCUGGAUGAUGUUGAACGCCUUCAUUCUCAUUUUAUGUGAAGCUCCCUUCUGUUGUCAGUUCAUCGAA